UGGGUUAUUUCUAUGCAAAAUCAUCAAAGUAUAUACAUACCAGAAGGUGGUAAUCCCCUUUCUCCCGGGCAACAAAGUUAUAUUCAAAGUACCCAGGAACCACCUAUACAAGAAAAACAGCUUCCUCCUCCUCCACCAAAUAAAAAUUUUGAUAGCAAUGAUAAUUCUGUACUUAAUAUAGAACCUGAAAAAUCUAAACAGCAUUGGGAUGAACCUCCUAGAAUACAGGCUCGUCGUAUCAAUAAACAGCGUGUUGUAUUAAAGGAUGGAAAACAUUUGGUGUUGGAAUGUCCCAUACCUACUGAUCUGUUCGGGAGUAUUCCUAGGAAUGAAUCAAGGGAAUUUACUCAUAUGAGAUAUACCGCAUGUACAAGUG